UGUCAUCAGAAUUCAGUCGGAAUAAGAUUUUCACUGAUUAUUUUUUGGCUGUCGAGAUAAAUCGAUUUGAAACAUGUCGCUGGUGAAAAUAUUCUCGAUUGCGAAGCAAGGCAAUCAUAUUGUACGGCCGAUCGUCGCUUGUCGUUCAUAUACUAGCGUGCCAAGAGCCACAGAUAUCAAGCCGGAGCAGUACUAUUAUGUAAACAAUAAAGAGCUGAGCAUGGAAAUGACCGACAUCACGGAUCGUGCGGCCCAGACUAUUUUCUGGACGGAAUUGUUUCGCGGAGCUGCUGUUACUCUGGCACAUAUUUUCAAGGAACCGGCCACUAUUAAUUACCCAUUUGAGAAGGGUCCGCUAAGCCCGCGUUUCCGCGGAGAGCAUGCUCUACGUCGGUAUCCCAGCGGUGAGGAACGGUGUAUUGCAUGUAAGCUAUGCGAGGCUAUUUGUCCGGCUCAGGCCAUCACCAUCGAGGCGGAAGAGCGUGCCGAUGGCAGCCGUAGAACCACACGUUACGAUAUCGAUAUGACCAAGUGUAUCUAUUGUGGAUUCUGUCAGGAAGCAUGUCCCGUUGAUGCUAUUGUCGAAGGUCCUAAUUUUGAGUUUUCCACGGAAACGCACGAGGAGCUUUUGUACAACAAGGAAAAGCUACUCAGCAAUGGAGACAAAUGGGAGUCUGAAAUAGCGUCUAACAUUAAUGCUGACUAUCUGUACCGUUGAGUAGAAAAUUUAGGGAAAGACCGGAUUGCUGUAUCUGGCAACUUUAUUUAAAUGAAGUAAAAUAAAUUGUUGA